AUGACAUUAGAAUCUGUUCUACAGCGUGCUAAUGAAAAGAAUUUAAGAUUCAACGGUGACAAAUGUGAAUUUGAUAAACCAAGCAUCACGUUUUAUGGUCAUGUUUUCUCAAAGCAGGGUAUAUCCCCAUGUCCUAAAAAGAUCGAAGCGAUCAAGUCUCUAAAACCUCCAGCGAAUGUUUCUGAACUUCGUAGCUAUUUAGGAAUGAUAACAUAUUGCGGCAGAUUUAUUCAAGAUCUUGCAACACUGACUGCCCCAUUACGUAAACUUACAAAGAAGGACAUAAAAUACGAAUGGAAAGAAUCACAACAACGUGCGUUUGAUACAUUACAAGAAAGAUUGAACGAAAAAACCACUUUAUCAUAUUUUGACCCUUCAAAAGACACCAAGCUCAUUGUAGAUGCCUCUCCCACUGGUCUAGCGGCAAUAUUAAUACAAAAUACCCCCAGCCAAAAUGACGAAACUGUCGUUGCAUAUGGCAGUCGUGCUCUUACAGAAGUAGAACAAAGAUAUAGUCAGACAGAACGCGAGGCAUUGGCAAUUGUUUUUGGCUGCGAACAUUUUCGUUUAUUUCUCUAUGGAAUUCAUUUCACAAUCUAUACAGACCAUAAACCAUUAGUAUCGAUUUUUCAGAAUCCAAAUUCACAUUGCCCUGCACGACUAGAACGCUGGCGUUUACGCCUACAGUCGUACAAUUUCCAAAUUCACUAUCGCCCUGGCCACGAUAACCCAUCCGAUUACAUGUCAAGACACCCAAUGAAUACGACCUCAAUGACAUCACAAGACAGUGAAAACUCUGAAUAUUAUAUUCAGUUCAUUGCGGAAUCAACAACCCCAAAAGCAAUGACCCUUCAACAAAUCAGAGAAGCAACACAAAAUGACCCAACUUUGCAACAUGCUGCACACAUAAUACAGAAAAACUUAUGGCAUACGUUAGACACCACAACAUUUUCCAAAGACACAGACAUUGAUAUUCGUGAACUAAAGUUACUCCGUAAUAUCAAAGAUGAAUUAACUGUAUCUAAUGAUAAGAACAUCAUUUUACGAGACACACGCAUUGUUAUUCCAAAAAGCUUGCGAGCAGAUGCCAUACGUUUAGCCCAUGUUGGCCACCAAGGCAUAGUUAAAACGAAGAGCCUAAUGCGAGAAAAAGUUUGGUUCCCCUUAAUUGAUUCACUUGUCAAAUCUGCUAUCGACAGCUGUAUACCAUGCCAAGCCACUGGACGUCCAAAACCACCACAACCUCUGUUAAUGCGCGAAAUACCCAAGGAGAACUUUGACACUGUAUACAUUGACUUUUUGGGUCCGUUACCAAGUGGAGAAACACUCUUUGUCCUAAUAGAUGGACGCUCCCGAUAUCCGGUAACAAAAAUUAUGAAGAAAACGGAUGCUCCUCACCUAAUUCCAUGUUUAGACGAGAUCUUUGCCACAUUUGGAUUACCAAAAAAAGUUAUCUCGGACAAUGGUCCACCGUUUCAGAGCAAAGAAAUAAAGAAAUUCAUGGAUGACAAUGGCAUUCAACACAAAACAAUCACUCCAUUAUGGCCACAAGCAAAUGAAAGCGAAACUUUCAUGAAACCACUGAUGAAAGCCAUUCGUACUGCUCAUCUGCAAAAGCAAAACUGGCGCCGCACCAUGCAGGAAUUCUUAUUAAAUUACAGAGCUACUCCCCAUACCACAACUCAAGUUGCACCGGCCACACUCAUGUUUGGUAGGAACACCCGCACAAGAUUACCUCAGACUGACACUAAAACCGACAAGAAUGCCCUUGAUCAUUCCGUCGAACAACGCGAUAAAGAACAACGACAACGCAUGAAAGAAUACGCAGAUCGACGGAGACAAAGUAAGACGACAACCAUGAAUAUUGGUGAUUAUGUACUCGUAAGACAACAAAAGCACAACAAAUUUACCCCGAAUUUUGAUCCCAAACCGCUACGAAUAAUCACAGUAAAAGGAACGAUGAUUACUGCAGAAAGACCAGGAUUCGCUAUUACUAGAAACCAAUCGUUUUUCAAACCUAUUAAAACAACUGGGCUGUCUUCUGAAGAUGAGGAGGAAAUGGAAGAUAGUGAUGAACAUGAAGAACAACGUGAUAUUGGAGACAAUGAAAAUAACAACAAUCACAACCGAGAUGAACAACAAAAUCUAGAACGACAAUAUCCAAGGAGAGAACGAAGAAGGCCGAACUAUUAUCAUUAA